GGGCGAUUGUUAUUGCUAAUAAUUCUGCUCGGUAGCUUGAGGUAUGGUUUGUAAUACACUUAGGUUGCCUUCUUGAGAAAUGUGGAACAAAAACGGAUACGCAGUAGGGCAUUAGGUUAUAUGACGUAAGCACUAUCACGCUUUAGUUAGCAAAGCCAACCUACUUGUAUUUCGUACAUCGGACAGUUCAGUUCUUUCAACGGGUUAACGUAUCCUUAUUUCAAGAUAGGUCCGGGUGUUCGAUUGUAUAUUUUGAAUAUCAUCUUCAUGUGGCUUUCCUUCGUCGGCCUACCUUCGUAUUCUAGCUAACAUGGGGAACAAACCUUCGAAGAGGAAUUUCACCGUCUACGUGAAAACGGGUGACCGUCUGGGCAUGGGCACCGACGAUACAAUCUCGGUCGUCCUCAAAGAUGACAGCGGACUCAGGUCCCCCAAGUGCAAGCUCAACAACCUCCUGAAGAACGACUUCGAGACCGACCAGCUGGAUAAAUUCAAGAUUGCGAUUAAGGAUGGGAAUUUUGGGGACCCUGUCUACAUGGAGCUCCGGCGGGACAAGUGUGGUUUAAUCGAUGACAAGUGGUACUGUGAAUUCGUCAGGGUGAUAAACGAGAAGACCAACCAGGUCCACAUGUUCCCAAUUCAUAGAUGGGUUCGUGCUGGAUGCCCGAUUAAGGUGAAGGAGGACGACGCGGUGCUUCCUCAGGACGACGAAAACGUGAUUCAACGACAGGAAGAGCUCCAAAGGAAGCGAGACAUGUAUGUUCCCGCUUUCAAAGAGGCAACGGGAAUGAUCAUGGUUGCCCAUCUUCCUAAAGACGACAUGUUCUCCUUCAGUGCCCAGUGGGAUCUCAAGUCAUUGGAGUUGAAACUGAAGCUUGAGCACAGACUGACUGUAUACAAAACCGAGAGAUGGACGUCGUUAGAAGAUCUGAAGAACAUUUACAAACCCCCGCACUUCCCGAUCCCAAGUGUGAUGGCCAACUGGAGGUCAGAUAAAGAGUUUGGUACUCAGAGACUUUCAGGAUGCAACCCAGCUAUGAUCCGACUUUGCACCAAGAUACCGCCCAAUUUCGCCGUGGACGAGAAGGAUGUUGAACCUCUUCUGGAAGGCCUAACUGUGUCGGAAGCCAUCGAGAAGAAGCGUCUUUUCAUCAUCGACCACAAGGUUCUCAAAGACUUGCCUUGUACAGAUGGGCGAAAGAUCGUUGCACCGAUUGCGCUUUUCUUCGUCAACAAUGACAAAUAUUUGAUGCCGGUCGCUAUUCAGUUGAAUCAAGACCCAGCUCCAAACAAUCCGGUGUUCUACCCGACUGAUCCCGAGUACACGUGGCUCUUGGUCAAGUGUUACUUCAACUUGGCCGAUGCUGCCGUCCAUGAGUCGGCUUCCCAUCUUGGAUUCACGCAUCUCAUUGGUGAAAUCAUCGUCAUAGCAGCGAAUCGUUCCCUGUCUCCAUCUCAUCCCAUCUUCCGUCUUCUUGCUCCUCACUUCUUGUACCUCAUCGCCAUCAACAACAAAGGUAUGACUCCUUUGCUUUCACCGGGCGAAUUUACCGACAUAAAUAUGACCAUUGGCUCCGUCGGUAUGGCAUAUAUCAUCAAACGCUCCUUCUCCACAUGGCGAUUGGACAUAGAGGGCUCCCUUCCGACUGACCUUCUUGUAAGGGGCGUCUCUGACCCUGAGGUGCUACCGAACUACCCUUACCGUGAUGACGCCUUGAUCCUGCGAGAAGCAAUAUACGACUACGUCAAGGAAGUUGUGGACCUUCAUUACGAUCACCCCAGAAAGAUAGCUGCCGACCAUGAAUUGCAGGAAUGGAUCCGGUUCAUGGGCACCAAGCCCAAAUUUGAGGGAGAGGUCAUAGGUCGCAUGAAGGGACUUCCUAAUGAUGGCCAUUUUAAAACCGCUGAAGAGAUCACCACCGUUGUUACGGAUUUCAUCUUUAUCUGCAGCGCUGGGCAUGCUGCAUCGAACUUCGGCCAGUAUAAUAGCUAUGGUUUUCCCCCAGCCUACCCCAUCUGGAUGAAUGGAGCACCACCGCAAGAUAAGACUCCUCUCACGGAAGCAGACAUCGUCAAGAAGCUACCCAACAAGGAUCAGACCUUAGGCAUCAUGGUAUUCACGAAGAUCCUCAGCACCCGAGGCAGCAAGCCUCUGGGAGACUUUGAGGUGCAGUACAUGCAUGGUUCUGCCUAUCAUAGGGCCUUGAAGAAAUUCCGAGCUGAACUCAAACGCGUUGGAGACAUAAUCGACAAACGGAAUGAGACAAGAGAAGAGAAGUAUCUUUGGCUACAUCCACGCGAAGUGCCUAACUCUAUCACAAUCUAACUCCUAAACGUCAAGAGAGAAAAUGCAUUAAAUGGCAAUUGACUUUGACUAAUAUAGGAUAAAGUUCAUUAUGACCAUGGUAGUCAUUCGACGAGAGGAUUGUAGCUCCUGACACUCUUGUAAACAGUAAAGUCACCCACCUCCAACAUCGUGACCUAUCACUUCUCCUAUCUCUUAUGUACAAAGGUGCGAUUGAUCACUCACAAAUAGUUGCAAUUAAUCGCAACCGUUGAUGAUACAGGGCCCAGAUUGCCCCUACAGACUUGAGCAAAGCUAGGACCCCCUCCUGGGCGCAUCCUCCUCCAGACACUGACAAAAUAUCACACGACUCCUUUCUUCACCUGUGACCUUGACCGCAGCACGUCCCUUGACCCUGUUUGACCGAAUGAGCAUGGGGAUAUGUAUCGAGAACACCAUUUCUUCUGGCCAUCUUGUUCUAGUAGCUCUUGAACUCUCUGGGUUAAUCGUAACGAGUACGUUGUUUAUAGUGCUCUUACUCUCAUCUUUUUCACUCCUUUCUCUCGCCUAAUGACUAUGUAUUUCUUCGCCCUUCUCCUCAAUUUGUGUUCGUUUUUUUUCUUUUGGUCAAAUGAAUUUAUUGAUAAAUAAAUGCGUUUGAACAAAUCAAACAAUUAUAUAUGUUUACAAUCAAUUUAAAUAACAUUGUAGCAUCCAUACAUAAUUCAAGUACAACAUGUUUCAUUUUCUUGGGUGUUUUAAAAAAUGACUAACUUUUUUGUUUUACAAUACUUUUCAAAGUUUAAACGGUAAUGGAUUAAUCUUUUGAAGAUACAAAGAAAAGAGACUUUGUGAAACCUAAGUUUGCAAUUUUCUGCUUGCAUAAUUGUUAGAUAAACUGCGAAUUUUGCAUAUAUGAUAAGAAAAUUUGAACUUUUGAACAGUUUGUUUUUCAAGUCAAAACUUUGAAUUAAAGGUACUAUGUCCCUUUUGCAGCCAACCUCAAAUUCUGUAGAACUUUGCAGGAAUUAUGAAUAUGUCAUGUAUAUCUGUGAAA